AUGGCAACUGUCCGGCCCCUUCCGCGCGCUGUUCCCAGGCCAGGGCAGUGGAUGGUCCCUAUCCACGGGCGCAAGUGCGCCCCAAGGGCCGCGGCGACCACGGUCGAGAGCGGCGCGCCGCCCGUCGUCAGGCCCGGCCCAGCCCAGCUUCCCGUGGAGGGCAGCCGCCUCGCCCGCAGCUGGUCCAACCUGGAAUUCCUGGUCGUCAAGGUCACCCGCCGCUGCAACCUGAGCUGCUCCUACUGCUACGAAGACAUCGGCAGCGGGUCGGACAUGACGCUGGACACCUUCAUGCGGAUGGCGGACGCGGCGUUCGACUCGACGGACCGCGACCGCGUGGGGUUCCUGUUCCACGGCGGGGAGCCCACGCUGCUGGACGUCGGCUGGUACAGGGCGGCGAUGGACUACGCCGACGGCGUCGCGAGGGGGGCGGGCAAGACGGCGGAGUAUACCAUUCAGAGCAACCUGGUCCGGCUGGAUCAGCCCUUUCUGGACUUGUUCCUGGAGCGCGGCGUGUCGAUAGGGGUGAGCAUGGACGGGCCGCCCGAGAUGAACGACGACUCCCGGGGCGCCGGAAGCGCGGUGGUUCGAAACUUCAUGCGGGCAAAGUCGGCGGGCCUGCAGGUGAGCGUGCUGGCGACCAUCAAUCACAGCAAUUGGAAUCGCAUGCCGGAGGUCAUACACUGGCUGCGGACCGACCUGGGCGAACGGCGGUUCAAGGCGAACGUGGCGUACCCCGUGGGGGCAGGCCUGGACGCGCAGCCGCUGACGGGCGAGCAGAUCUUCAAGGCGCGCAAGGACAUCUUGGACCACAUGCUGGAGACGGGCGGGAACGGCGUGAUCGAGGCCAACCUUGAGAGGGAGCUGAUCAAGUUUGCGGACAAGCGCGGCUGCGGGAAGUCGCUGUGCGACGGGCAGCUGUGCGGGGCCGGCUCGCGCGUGCUGGGCGUGACGCCGGAGGGCAACCUGCUGCCGUGCGGCAGGUUCGAGUGGAACGACCGGGCUUGGAGCCUCGGCAACAUCGGCCAGACGGACGAGGACGCGUUUCGGUCUCGCGGGGAGCAGCUGCGAAGGUUCUGGGGCGCGUCGGAUUACAAUUGGGCGGACUGCGGCACGUGCAGGGCGCGCCACAUGUGCAGCUACAGCUGCCAGGCCUUCGUGGUGCGCUCAAAGAGGCAGCUCAACAUCGAGUGCGCCCCCACCUUGAGCCUCUACGACUACCUCGUUGAGCAGCCCCAGGGGAGGGUGGAGGCGCUCGUGGCCACGCUCAAACUGCACAGUGCAAUGGGCACCGCAGAAUACAGGGAUGGAGGGAGUUCAUACAAUGACUACGGGUACAAUGACAAGGGCUACAACGACGCUGGGUACACGGAUCGGUAG